AUUGUGUUGUGCUUCGGGGAGGGGCAACGAGACGCAAGCCGUGGCGAUGGCUGAAGACAAGGCGGGGAAGGAAGGUUCUGAGCUGCUUGGCUCGCCGACCUUCAAAGAGCUCGAGAAUGGUCGCUUCAGAUGCGUGGAAACUGGACACGAGCUGUUCGCCAAGGACACGGACUCCUACUCUCACAGCAAAAAGUGCCGAUUAGGUCUCAUCGACUUUGCCUUGGCCCAUAAUAAUCCCCCUUUCAAUAUGUUCAAGCAAGACCCGCUCUCCCGUUCAAAGUUGAUAUGUAAAUUGACUGGAGACACCGUCAACAAGUCAGAGGAACAUAUCUGGAAGCAUAUGAAUGGGAAAAAAUUUCUCAAUAAACUAGAGCAAAAGGAAGCAGAGAAGUUGUCGUGUAAUGGAAUGGAAGAAGGGGAGAGCAAACCAGGGCCGCUAAGUCCAGAUGGUGGGAAGAAGGAUAAUAAUAAGAAGGCAAAGAAGAACAAGGGAAUUGAAGAAAUCAAAUCUGAAGUACGGAAGUCUUCUAACGAGGAUAGUGACUCUGAAGAGGCAGAAUUCUGGGUGCCUCCUGUUGGAGAUCGCUGGGACUUUGAUGAUGGAGGAGAUCGAUGGGGCUCAGGAACAGAGUCAGAGCAGGAAAGUGAAGAGGGUGAUGAAAUUGAUGUUGCUGUAGAUGGAAAUUCCAAGGAUUCAGAAGAGCUAUCUUCUCGGACGAAAAGGAUGUCUGUGGAAAUUGGACCCAGUAGCUUUGCCUCGAGGAAGAAGAAAAGUAAGAAGAACCACCAAAGCUAGUAUCCAUUGGUAAUGCAAAUUUUGUGGUUAUAUGCUUGACAGGAUAGUAAGUGAGGAUUUUCAAAUUCAAGAUUCAAGGUGCUGCUGCUUCUACAUUACAUUCUGUAAGAUAGGCUUGACUCAACUUUCUUGUGUGUCAAUGGUUUGUUGCAAAUCCAUUGCUAUAAUUGCUGCCCUUUUUCACUCUUUUUGCUUCUUUUGGACAGGCAGCAAGUUUCGCAGUUGAUGCUUUAGUGAUUUAGAAUAUAAUUUAAUUCAUGAUUUCA